GCGUCGGUGACGGCGGCGCAGCGCGCAGGCGCGGCCGGGUUCCGGGCAGUGACGCGACGACGGGCGCGCGCCGCGCAUUUCCGCCUCUGGCGAAUGGCUUCGCUUUAGCGCGCCGCGGGCUCAGCUGCGACCCCGGCCCCGCCCCCGGGACCCCGGCCAUGGACGAUCUGUUUCCCCUCAUCUUCCCCUCAGAGCCAGCCCAGGCUUCUGGGCCUUAUGUGGAGAUCAUUGAGCAGCCCAAACAGCGGGGCAUGCGGUUCCGCUACAAGUGCGAGGGUCGCUCAGCGGGUAGUAUUCCUGGCGAGAGAAGCACAGAUACCACCAAGACGCACCCCACCAUCAAAAUCAAUGGCUACACUGGACCAGGAACAGUUCGCAUCUCCCUGGUCACCAAGGACCCACCUCACCGGCCUCAUCCACAUGAACUGGUGGGGAAGGACUGCAGGGAUGGUUUCUACGAGGCUGAACUCUGCCCAGACCGCUGCAUCCACAGCUUCCAGAACCUGGGGAUCCAGUGUGUGAAGAAGCGAGACCUGGAGCAAGCCAUUAGCCAGCGCAUCCAGACCAACAAUAACCCCUUUCAAGUUCCCAUUGAGGAACAGCGGGGGGACUAUGACCUGAACGCAGUCCGCCUCUGCUUCCAGGUGACAGUGCGGGACCCGUCAGGCAGGCCCCUCCGCCUGCCGCCUGUCCUCUCUCAUCCUAUUUUUGAUAACCGCGCCCCCAACACUGCCGAGCUCAAGAUCUGCCGAGUAAACCGGAACUCCGGGAGCUGCCUUGGUGGGGAUGAGAUCUUCUUGCUGUGUGACAAGGUGCAGAAAGAGGACAUUGAGGUGUAUUUCACCGGGCCGGGCUGGGAGGCACGAGGCUCCUUUUCUCAAGCUGAUGUGCACCGGCAAGUGGCCAUUGUGUUCCGGACCCCUCCAUACGCCGACCCCAGCCUGCAGGCUCCAGUGCGAGUCUCCAUGCAGCUCCGGCGGCCUUCUGAUCGGGAGCUUAGUGAGCCCAUGGAGUUCCAGUACCUACCAGACACAGAUGACCGCCACCGGAUUGAAGAGAAACGCAAAAGGACCUAUGAGACCUUCAAGAGCAUCAUGAAGAAGAGUCCUUUCAAUGGACCGACUGAACCCCGGCCUCCAACCCGGCGUAUUGCCGUGCCUUCCAGAAGCUCACCUUCUGUCUCCAAGCCAGCCCCGCAGCCCUAUGCCUUCCCAGCGUCCCUCAGUACCAUCAACUUUGAUGAGUUUUCCCCCAUGGUGUUACCAUCUGGGCAGAUCUCAAACCAGGCCUUGGCCUUGGCACCAUCCUCUGCCCCCGUCUUGGCCCAGACCUUGGUCCCCUCCUCAGCCAUGGUACCAGCUCUGGCUCAGCCCCCAGCCCCUGUCACAGUUCUCGCCCCAGGUCCUCCCCAAGCCCUGGCCACAGCUGUUCCAAAGACCACCCAGGCGGGGGAGGGCACACUGUCUGAAGCGCUGCUGCAGCUGCAGUUCGAUGCUGAUGAAGACUUGGGGGCCUUGCUUGGCAGCAGCACAGACCCGGGCGUGUUCACAGACCUGGCAUCCGUCGACAACUCAGAGUUUCAGCAGCUCCUGAACCAGGGUGUGUCCAUGUCACACCCUGCAGCUGAGCCCAUGCUGAUGGAGUACCCCGAAGCCAUAACUCGCCUGGUGACAGGGUCUCAGAGGCCCCCUGACCCAGCGCCCACAGCCCUGGGGACCGCAGGGCUUCCCAAUGGCCUAGCUGGGGAUGAAGACUUCUCCUCCAUUGCGGACAUGGACUUUUCAGCUCUUUUGAGUCAGAUCAGCUCCUAAGGCGCUGACAGUGACCCUGCUCUGAGCAGCAGGUUUCAGGGCACUGAGGCUUUCCCAAAGCACAGGUUCUGGGGCAUGUGCUCCAGCUUCCCCGGCUCCCUUGGGUGGUGUCUCCUGGGGCGGCACACUGUAUUCUUUAUUGGCAGUUUCUCAGUCUCUCCGGAGGUGCUUCAGCAGAGCAUUGCCUUCUCUGGGAAAGGAGCUGGGAGGACUUGCUCUUCCCUGUGUUCAUAAUCAGCUCUCUUCUUGGUAGGGACCUCUGGGACUCCUCUUCCAUCCUCCAGCUUCCAGCACUCCUACAGAGGGGCAGCUGGAGCAGUGGCCUUAAGGCCAUAAAGCCUUACUAUCAAGUGUCUUCCUCAGCAUGGAUUCCUGUACACCUUGAUGCAAAGCAAUGCUCCUAACAGCGGCCCCUAUGUGGUGCUACCUGACACCAGCACCGGAGGAGACGCUGCUCUGUCGUGUGGAGCAGCUGCCUUGCCAGCUCUUGCUGUGCUGAGCUGUGGCUGAAGGAACAGGUGGGACAGUGCUGGCCGCCUAAAGGAUCCUGGGGGAAGUUUGGUCCGAGACAUCCCUGUACCCCCUUUCCUCAAGUGCCUUAAUAGCAGGGCAAAUUGUGUAGAGGCAGAAGGGUGGGCUAGAAGUUCAGCCACAAGACAGUCUUCACCGAGAAAGCUAUUGGACUCUUGCUCUUUCUAACUCUGAACUAAUAAACGUGUUACCGCGCUGGC